AUCUUGUUCAUGAAUGAAGUUGGCAUAUAAUUUUGCUUUUUUGGACUAUUCUCUGGUAUAGGUAUGGAGGUUAUAUGAGAGCCAUAAAUUAAGUAAGAAGUCUCCACUUUAUCCUUUUUCUGAAGGAGUGUUUAUAAGAUUGCAAGACUUGGAGCACUUCAAUAAAACCAUCUGGUUUCCUUAUGGGAAGAUUUUUAGUUACUGAUUCAGUUUCCUCAGUGGUUAUAGAACCACUCAAGUUUUCUCUGUUUCUUAAGAAGCUGAUUUUUCUAGUAAUUUGUCAAUUUUGCCUAAGUUUUCAAAUUUAUUUGGGAUAACUUUAUGAUAGCCUCUUAUUAUCUAUAUAUCUACAGCAUUAUUUUCUCUGUGGUCCUUCCUCCUAUGUCUAAUAUUGUUUGAUCAAGUAGACAGUAAAUCAGUAAGCAUUAUGGAAGAUUUAACCAAUAAAAUUCACAAACUAGAUGUAGACAAUUUUUUUGAAAAUUACCAUGGGGUAGGCCAUAAGGCAAGACUCAACAAAUUUCAAAGAAUUAAUGUAAUAUGGAGAACAGUCUCUGAUUAAUGAAAGAAAUCAACAACAACGAAAACGUAGGAAAAUCUUAGUUUUGAGAUGUGAGAAAACACACCUCUAAAAAACCAAUGUUUAAUAUUAUUUAAUUGUGCCUUCUAUCUUCUGUUCUUGAUCAAUCUUGACAGAGUUUUCUAUUUGUAAAUCUCUUCAAAAUACCACUAUUUAGCUUUGUUGCCCUUCUUUAUAUAAUGUUUUUCUAUUUUAUUAAUUUUAAAAUCUAUUUUUCUUUUUCUAACUUCUUAAAUUGUGAGCUUAUAUAUUUUGAUAUAUAUUAUGUUUUUUAUUUUUCAGUUCUACGUAUUUUCUCAUUUCCAUUAGGAUUUCUAAUUAGAGCCAUUAGUAGGCCCUACACACAUACCCAUUGACUAAUUUAUAUGUGUAUACACAUAUAACAUAUUUAGUUUGAUUUUUUAAAGCAUUUGCUAUUGGGUUUUUGUUUGGCUGGUUGUGUGUACACUUUGAUCUUUAAUAGAAUACACACAUCAAAACAUACAUGUGAAUAUAUAUGUGUAUGUAUUUUUUCCUUAAUUUAGUCUUUCAAAGAUACUUUAUUUUAGCUGUCUUAUAUAGCAUAUAGCUGGCUUUUGCUUUCUGUCUCAAACUAUGAACCUAUUAUUGUUUUAAUAGAUCAGUUUAACUUAUUUGCCAUUAUUGGCAAAAUCCAUCUCUUAGUGGCAUGGAACGGCUUCUGGGCUAAGUAAAUUCACAGAAUAUUCUAGUUCUCCCUAACCUGCCUGCCCAUUCCUCCUAAAUUAGGCACUUUAACAAUCUUACUCUUCUUACUGUAGUAUUUUGUAUUAUGACUUCUCAAGAGAAGACAGAAGAGCAUCCUUUUGUGGAUAUAUUUAAUGAAGAUGAAGCUGACAAAAACUUUAUGUUGUCUAAACCUGUUUGCUUUGUUGUAUUUGGGAAACCAGGGGUUGGUAAGACAACAUUAGCCCAACAGAUAACACAGGCAUGGAAGUGUAUUCGUGUAGAAGCUUUACCAAUUUUGGAAGAACAGAUUGCCAGUGACACUGAAUCAGGAGCUAUGUUGCAGUCGAUGCUGAUCAGUGGCCAAAGCAUUCCAGAUGAACUUGUCACAAAGCUAAUGUUGGAGAAGCUCAACUCCCCAGAAGUCUCUCACUUUGGCUAUAUUAUCACUGAAAUACCAUCACUUUCACAGGAUGCCAUGACUAUUUUCCAGCAAAUAGAAUUAAUUAGAAAUUUAAAUUUGAAACCUGAUAUUAUAAUCAAUAUUAAGUGUCCUGACUAUGAUUUAUGCCAAAGAAUUUCGGGGCAAAGGCAGCACAGUAGUACAGGAUACAUAUUCACAAGAGAUCAGUGGGAUCCUGAAGUCAUUGAGAGUCUCAGGAAAAAGAAGAGAGAAGCCCAAAAGGAAGGAAAAGGAGAAGACGAAAGGGAAGAGGAAGAAGAGCAAGAAGAAGAAGAGGCAUUUAUUGCUGAAAUGCAGGUGGUGGCUGAAAUUCUUCAACAUCUAGUUCAGAGGCCUGAGGAUUAUUUGGAAAAUAUCGAACACAUUGUUAAAUUUUAUAAGGAAAUAAUUCUUCACCCUUUAGAAGAAGUAAUGGCUGAACACGAUUCCCAGUAUCUCAUUGAGCUAGACGGAAAUAAGCCCCCAGAGGAGCUCUUCACGACAGUUAUGGAUCGACUUAAAUAUCUGAACCUAAAAAGAGCAGCUGUUUUAGCCAAACUUCAGAGUGCAGAGGAAGAAAUUAAUGACACGAUGGAAAAUGAUGAGCUGUUCCGUACUCUUGCAGCUUGUAAACUUAUUGCACCAAGAUACAGAUGGCAGAGAAGCAGAUGGGGACAUACAUGUCCGGUGACUUUAAAAGAAGGUAACAUUUUUCAAGGAUUGCCAGAUUUUUCUGUGAGUUUUCUAGGUAAAAUAUACUGUCUUUCAUCAGAAGAAGCAUUAAAAACAUUUUUAUUGAACCCACGUCCCUAUCUUCUUCCACCUAUGCCAGCACCACCAUUUAAAGUGUUCAUAUUUGGACCUCAGUCUUCAGGGAAAACGACACUUAGCAAUUUGCUUGCAAAACAUUACAAAGGAAAGGUAGUUGACUACGAUAAACUUGUCCAACCACGUUUUGAUAAAGCCCUUGAAACGCUAACCAGAAAUACUAUAGCUGAGGUCACUGAAGCAGCCAUUGAAGCUGUGAAAGAGCGGCUUCUCUCAGAACUACAAGCUAAAAAACAAGCCCAGUCAACUUCAAAAGACCCUCAAAGAGAAUUUGAAAGGAAGGAAAAUGAGUUCCCAACUGAUGCAUAUAAAAGCUCAGAAGAGUUGCAUCUGUCAUUUGAUGAAGAUGAUAGAGAAAGCUCUUUAGAGGACAGUGAAGAAGCCAAAAUGAAGUCAGAUGAUAAAGACGAUGAAAAAGAAACAAGUGAAAUGUCUACACUUCAAAGAAGUCAACAAGACUCUAGUCAAGAUCUAAUGUUGGAUUCAAAAAAAGAUGUAAUAGAAUAUGUGAUAGAGGAGGUAACUGCAGAUCAUCCAGAAGUUCUUUCCAUAAUAAAGGAGACGGUAAAAAUGGCAAAGGACAUGAACUUUGAACAGCCACAUGAAAAAAUUGCUGAAAUCUUAGACGAAGUUCUCCAAGAGGUAGUUGAAGAAAACAAGAAUAGGUUUUAUGGUGCCCCAAAGUAUGGAGGAUGGAUACUGGACAACUACCCUAUUAUGAAAGAACUGUGGAUGGUCUUAGUCAACAAAGGAAUUCUACCCGAUUUAGUCAUCUGUUUAUCAGACACAGAAAACAAUGGAAAAUAUUUAUUUAAUAGACUGUAUUUAGAGAAUAAACAAGAAAUUGACUCUAAGAUUUUAGAAAGGUUAUUGGGUGAACUACUAAAGAAAAGAAAAGAGGAAGAAGCAGCAAGAAAAGCCAAAGAAGAGACAUUGAGAAUAGAAGAAGAAAAUCAAAAGCUAUUGGAAGCUAUGAAUGCGAAAGCAAAAGAAGCAGAAGAAACUGAAGCUGAGGCUGACGAGGAGAUUGAAGGUGAGGAGUCUGAACUUCACGAAGGGUCUGAGGCCCCUGAGGUAGCCAAGGAGACCAGGGCAUCCUUACCUGAGGAGGCUGAAGCUUUCGAGGUCCCUGAAACAGAACAUGAAUCAGUGUCUGAGCCUACCGAGGAUACUACAGUUGGAACAGAAAUUCCAAAAGGAUCCAAAGAGGGACUAGAAACUAAAGAAUUAUCUGAAACAGUUGUACUACCUGAGUUUCCAGAAGACGCUUAUCCUGAUGUUCCUGAAAUGGAGCCAAUUAAAGAGAGUGUCAGAUCUUUCUACUCCGCCUGGAGGCAGAUGGAAACAGCAAUCAGUGACUCUUUUACUCAAGUUUUAAACUUGGAGAUUGCUGACAAAACUCCAGAGGAACUACUUCAAAAAGUCAUUGAGACCAUGGAAAAACCUUUCCACUAUGCUGGCUGGGAGUUAACUAUGGACGAUUAUGAUGAAGAAACAGAAGACUAUCAGGCUGAGGCCGAAGGCGAUGAGGAGCUAGAAGAGGAGGAGGAAGAGAAUGAAGAUAGAAUUAAAGAGAAGAGAAGGCAUUUGGGAGAUACAAAGCACUUUUGUCCAGUGGCUCUCAAAGAAAACUUCAUCCUACAACCAGGCAGCACAGAAGAAGCAGCUAAAUAUCGAGAAAAGAUCUAUUACUUUUCAAGUCCUGAGGCUAAAGAAAAGUUUUUGGAGCAACCUGAAGAGUAUGUGGCUCAUGAUGAACCAUUAAAGGCUCCUCCAUUAAGAAUAUGCCUUUUGGGCCCCCAUGGCUCUGGCAAAACUGUAUGUGGAAGACAGUUGGCAGAAGAAUUGGGCAUUUUUCAUAUCCAGUUUGAAGAAUUUCUUCAAGAAAAAUUAAUGCUUAAAACUGAGAAGAAAGUUGGACCUAAGUUUGAGGACAAUUCUGAGGAUGAACAAUUUGCAAAACAAGAACUUGAAGAGCUUGCAAUUCAGGCCAAUGUUACAAUUGAGGAAGAAAAUACAAAGAAGCUGCCUCAGGAAGUACAGCUUACAGAAGAAGAAGAAGCAAUCAGAUUAAAUCUAACAGAAAAUGAGCCAUUGCCUCCCGAAAUCCUUGAAGCAAUUCUCUCUGAGUGGUGGUUUAAGGAACCGAUACGUUCCACAGGUUUUGUAUUAGAUGGUUUCCCACAAUAUCCUGACGAGGUCCAGUUUCUGGGGGAAUAUGGGUUUUUCCCAGAUGCUGCUGUUUUUAUACAAGUUGAUUAUCAAGAUGUUUCUGAUCGCCUCCUUCCUACCCAAAUUGGAAAGUGGAAAGUGAAACAAAAGAAGAAAUUAGAAAGGAAAAAACUCAUCAAAGAAAUGAAAGCAAAAAUCAAGGAUGACAUGAUUUCUAAAAGAAGGGCUGAACUUAUAAUAGAGAGAGAGAAAAAAAGGAAAGGAGAGGAGACUGUUAGACAAGAUGAAGACACGAGCGAGGAAGAACCUGAAGAUGAGGAAGAUGAUAUUGACAACAUCCUUGAUGAAUUUCCAAAAGAUGAGGAAGUGAUGAGUGAGGAAGAUGAAGAGCAGGAAAUUGAUGCGCUCGAACGCCUGAGAGGUGAACUGGGAGAAAAAUUUGAAGCAGAUACGAAUAAUUUACAAAUAAUACAGGAAGAAUUUGAGAAGUUUUUGAUACCAGUAAUUCUCAUUAAUGGAGCUCGGAAAACCCACAUUGUACAAUACAUAUUGAAUAUGAAACUGAAACCACUGGUGGAGAAUCGUGCAAGCAUUUUCGAGAAAUGUUAUCCAAUAUCGUCCCGCCUUGCCCAGAAAAUGCUCAGCUUUACCUACAAGUAUAUAAGCUCAUUUGGCUACUGGGACCCUGUAAAGCUAAGUGAAGGAGAGACAAUCAAGCCAGUUGAAAAUUCAGAGAAUCUACUUCAUCCUGUAAUCCAUCGUCAGUAUAUUUAUUUUUUAUCUAGUAAGGAAACUAAAGAAAAAUUUAUGAAGAACCCAAUCAAAUAUAUCCGCCAACCCAAACCUAAGCCUACUAUGCCCAUUAGGAUUGCACUUCUGGGGCCUCCAAAAUCUGGGAAAACUACAGUUGCCAAACAAAUUUCAAGUGACUAUGGCUUAAAGCGUUUGUCAAUAGGAGAUGCUCUGCGUUAUGUAUUAAACCACCAACCAGACACAGAGCUGGCACUUAUGCUAAAUUGGCAUCUUCAUAAAGGAAUGACAGUGCCUGAUGAACUGGCUGUCCAGGCCUUAGAAUUAUCUCUGAUGGAAAGUAUAAGUAACACUGCAGGUGUUGUCAUUGAUGGAUACCCUGUAUCUAAAUAUCAAGUGAGUCUCUUGGAAGCCAGGUCAGUCAUCCCCAUGGUCAUCUUUGAGUUGGAUGUGCCUUCCAAAGAGAUUUUCAAAAGAUUGCUCCUGGAAAAAAAAAAGGAACCAAGUUUGCCUUAUCCAUUGCAUAACAGCUCACAGAUUAUAGCUGUCAAGAACUCAAAGUACCGCAGAAGUAUUGAUGAGAUUAGGCAAUAUUAUCAAGAGCAACAUCAGAACUGGUAUGUGAUUGAUGGCUUUCACAGCAAAUGGUGGGUAUGGAAUGAAGUCAUUAAGAAGGUUAAAAUAGUGAAUAAACACAUACAGAUAUACCUGGGAAGAAUAAAAGCAGGAAAAGCCGCCUGCAUUGACAAGUUAUGUAUCUCACCUGAAGAACUGAUUUCUCGCCUGGGCGAAUUUGGACAGUUCUGCCCUGUCAGCCUGGCAGAAUCACAUGAAUUAGUUGAUUGCUCUUUAACUGAUUCCUUGGAAUUUGCAGCAGAGUUCAGAGGGCACUAUUAUAAAAUGAGUUCUCAGGAGAAAUUGAAUAGAUUUUUGGAGAACCCCGAAUUAUACGUGCCUCCAUUAGCACCUCAUCCUCUCCCGUCUGCCGACAUGAUGCCCAAAAAGCUGACACUGUCGGAGCUGAAGAGCCGGUUCCCUAAGUGUGCCGAGCUCCAGGGCUACUGUCCAGUGACCUAUCAGGAUGGCAAACAAAGAUACGAAGCCCUAGUACCUGGUAGCAUUCACUAUGCUUUAGAAUAUCGUGAUCGUAUAUAUAUCUGUGAGAGUAGAGAAAAACUUGAGAAAUUUCUGAGGUCGCCACUGAAAUACUGGGAUCAGAAGCUUCCUUACAAACUUCCCCCAUUAAAGGAACCGAUGUAUCUCACUAGUCUGCCUUUGCCUGGAUAUCUCGAACAGGGUAUCGCAACGGCUCUAAUUAAAGCCAUGAAUGCAGCAGGAUGCUUAAAGCCCAAAUUCCCCUUCUUAAGUGUACAGAGAUCUGCGCUACUCUAUAUAGCAUUUCAUCUAAAAGCCUUUAAUCCCAAAGGUUCUGAGUACACAAGAAAAAAAUAUAAGAAGAAGAUGGAGCAGUUUAUGGAGAGAUGUGAACUCAUUACAUACCUGGGUGCCAAGAUGACCAGAAAAUACAAGGAACCUCAGUUUAGAGCCAUUGACUUCGAUCAUAAAUUACAGACCUUUCUCUCUCUUAGAAAUAUAGACCCAGUCAAUGGAUAGAAUGCUUGGGUAACUGCACCCAGAAUCUUAAGAGUUAACCUGAAACGGAUAAAAAGCAAAUAGAUUGAAAAUCUGGCCCUCCCUGACGUACUUUUCCCUCCUGAGUGAUACAACACGGCUGCCAGACUUCAAAUGAAUUCAGAGCUCUGCCAGCCAGGAAGGAGUGCUCUUCUGUAAGCCUAAGUUUUCAUAUAAUUGUAAAGUUUAUUGCUCUUUGCCUGAACUUUGAGGUUUUAACAAAAGUUAUUCCAUUUAGAAUUCCAUUUAGAAUAUUUAGGUAACUUAUUUUACUUAAUGAAUCUACUGUUCAUUUUCCUUUUUAAUAUUUUCAGCAGAAAAGUCAGUCUCUGUUAAAUGUAAAGUCAUUUAUGCAGUAAAUGUUAGAAAGCUUCAAGAAACAAAAUUAACAUGGAUAUAAAUAAAAUAGAAAUAUUGGUUACACUUUUAACAUAGGGAGUUGUUGGUAAACUUCAUGAACCUAAAGACGCUUUAUCAUUUUCCCAACAGAAUAAAUGGAUUUUGAG